AUAAAGCACCUUUGUCAAAGAGUCUGUUAUUAGUCCCAAGUGCCAUCUCAAUUCUACUGACUCUGCUCUUCCAACAUUAUCAGAAGUUCUUUGCAUAUAACCUACAAGCUAUAAAAGAGGAUUUUCAGAUUUGGAGACUUGUAUGUGGGAGAACAAUAUGUCUUGAUCUGAAAGACACAUUCAGCAGCAGUCUGCUCAUUUACAACUUCAGAAUAUUUGAGAGAAGAUACGGCAGCAGAAAAUUUUCAUCGUUUUUAUUUGGUGCUUGGAUGCUUUCAGCUUUGUUUGAUCUUCUCCUUGUAGAAAUCACUCAGUAUAUAUUUGGCAUCACCAUCAACAGCUUGCCUUCUGGUUUGUAAGUAGCUCCUAAUAGAUUUGUUAUUUUUUAUAUCAUUUCAAUGGAUUGUUUUGUGCAGAUUUUAAUUUUAAAAAACUUUAUUCAUGUAACCCUUCAGAUUAAAUUUGAUCCUCCUUUGAACUACAGUGUAAAAAUUAUUGGUAUAACUAUUAUAUUUUCAAACAUUAAUUUCCUAGUUGUGAUCUAUGGUUAA